AUGGCGGAAGAUACGCCUCUGCAGGCGCCCGUCUCCGUCGACUUUCUCCGCAAGCUAAGCAAAGACUUGCACAGCUACAUUCCUACCGAUGGAGCCAUCUCGGGAGAGAGCAUAGACAAACUCUCUGACCUGCUAAAUGCUCUUGUUGGGACCGCCUCGAUCCCCUACAUCCCGGCUUCCCAAAGGGCCGGCGCUUGCAAUCCGCUGUGUUCUCUUCUCGAGAAGUGUCAAGCGUCGCCCGACCAAAGGAUCCGCUCGCUGAUUUGGACCAAUCACAUCUGGACUGAUCUUUUUGACAUCUUCCUCGAGAGAUAUGACAAUGCGAAGCCCAAGUCCAUGAGACAGGUCUUGCUACUGCUGUGCACCAUUCUCCAGAAAGACCAGACCACUACCGCACACUCGGUCAAAGACGAGUCCGUCAUCCGCCUAUUCGACGUCCUGUUCCAGGAGGACGACACCUCCAAGGUCAAGCCUGCGCUCAUCGCCCUCUCGCAUUUUGUCCAGAAGGAUGUCAUCACCGUCGACUACACCAUCGCUGCGUUUGAGCAGUGGAGUGCUGUCCGGGGGAAGUCGCUGCAACUGUUCCCUGGGCCGGGAAGCGUCCCCAAGACUUUCCUUUACGGCAUCAUGAGUUGGGCCAAUCAUCAAGACACUACUCCCACAGCUGGAAAUGCAGUUUGUACCAUCAUGGACCAUGGUCGCCGUCAGCAAGCCGCGCACUUUGCUCAGGACGAUGCAAACUCGCCUCCAAUCUGGGUGGACCCCCUGGAGAGCACCAUCCGGAGAAACCCAGAUGCCAUGCUGAACUUCAAGAGCCACGUCUUCCCUGACUUGUUCAGGCCCAUUCUGACCGACUACCUCCGCUUUCUGGAGCACCUGCAUCUUGAUAAUCACAUCCGGCUGAAACCAAGCCCCGAUGGUGCUUCCAAGUCAUCCGAUGACUUGGAAGCAUCUUUGCUCUUCACUUCUUUGCAAGUCGGAAAGGACAUGGGCUUUGUGCAGGAAGUUGACCAUCGCAUUUCAAAGAAGAUUGAAAUCCGGGGCGGCGUGGUUCUGAUCCCGGACAGGCUGCUUGGAAGACUUCUUGCGCACGAACGCGCAGAGACCAGAUUGGCUGCUUUCUCAUUGCUUACCACUUCGGCGGCCGUGACCCGACCUCUGACCCUCGGCACUUUUGCCAUUCUGAAGCGCAAUCUGUCAUAUCUGCACGCCGACACCGAUGCCAACUUCCGCGGAGAGAUCAUGAGCCUGACCAUGUCGCUAUUCGAGCGUCUGCGAGGAUCUACCGGCGUCAUGAGUAGGAACCUGGCCAAGGGACAAAAGACUGGAGAACAGAGUGAUACCUUCGAAUUGUACCACGCCCACGUCGAAUUCAUCCAAUGGUACUUGCGAUUCAUUGCAUCCGAGCUUCAUCCCAUAGCAGCGUACCAGAGGCACAUCUCCGCGCUCAAGGCCUUGACUGUCGUCAUGAAAUCCGGGCUGGAUCCAUCCGUGCCUCACCAAGCAUUGUCAAGGACCGCACAGGGCGAGGUCCGGUUUCCUUUCCAGAUGAACGUCCUCACGCCUUUGCUUGUGCGCGAGCUCUUUGACCUCGUCAUGGAUCCAUUCGAUGACGUGCGACAUGCAGCCGCAUUCUUGCUCAAACUAGGAACAAACAAAACCUCGGAACUGCCCCAAAAGCCGGCCAAGGGACCGAAGAUGGUACCUGUGCUCAUUGGCAAGCCAGUAGACUCUACUGCUCUUGUCGAGCAUGCCUUUGCUGCUUUCCUAGACAGAGCGGAGAAGGCCAUGCUCCGUAGUGGCAGAGCCGAUCAUGCCGACGGUGUUGCUCGUGCUUAUGACUUGCUCUUUGAGAGGAGAGCGGAGCCCUUGAGCCCCAACUCUCCUGCUAACAGCGUACUUUCCGAGUGGAUGAAGAGCCGUCAGGGUAUCGUGGAACACCUCAUUUCCCUGCUGGAUGAGACUAUCGGCGUUGCAAGCAGCAAUCUUUCUGUGGCUGUGAACACUUACCCCAUGCAUGGCACGCUCUCCGCUCUCAGAUACAUCUUCGACCAGCCUGCCUUCUAUGCUUCGAUGGCGACAAUGGAAGGGGUGGAGUUGGAGCAUUGGAAGCAACUACAUAACCAUGUCCUUGACAGCCUGCGCUCAGUCUGGAGCUGCGUCAGGAACAUUCUCUGUGUCGAUGCUCCCGAAGGCCAUGUGCCAGAGGAUAUGGAGGAGGAGCCAGAUCUGACGACAAAAGAUAUUCUAAGCUAUUCCUGGAGGGGUCUGAAAGAAGCAAGCACCUUGUUGCGUGUGAUCGUCACCAAAGCGCCGUUCCAGUUGCCCAGCGGAAGCUCGAUUCUUGAAACUACAGAAUUUGAGGGCUUGGGCAAGCUCUGCUUUCUGCAACUGGCUGAACUUCGACACCGUGGCGCCUUUGCGACUGUCGCCCAGACUUUUGCCGCUUUCUGCCUUCGUUGCAGCCGGUCUUCAGAUCCCGGGAUCAAAAAGCUACUUGACGUGUGGUACGAGGAAACUCUUCGCUGCAUUCGUGACAAGGGCUCUAUGAUCACUCGUCGAUCAGCGGGCUUGCCGUCUCUCAUCACUGGCAUUCUAUCCGCAGCCCCCGAAAGCACGCUCUUUGCGCGCGUCAUUGGCGACCUAAAAGCAGAGGCCGUGCAGGAAGAGCAAGACAAGAACAUUGAAGGCAGCCACCUUCCGCAAGUUCACGCUCUGAACUGUUUGAAGGACGUGUUUACGAACACCAAGCUCGCGUUUGUCUCGGAGCCCUAUGUCGCCGAAGGUCUCUCCCUCGCUGCAAGCAGGCUUGAGUCCAAGGUAUGGGCCAUUCGUAACUGCGGCCUGAUGCUCUUCCGUGCUCUCAUCGACCGCCUCCUCGGCAGCGGCACCACGCAGCACUGGAAGGACACCGACCGCCUCAAGAUCACGCGUCUGUCAUACGCAAAGUAUCCGAACCUGCUCGACAUCAUCGUGCAGCUGCUCACGCCUAAGCGUCAAGGUGGCGCAACGGAGCUAACGAACACGGCGCUCGAGGGCGUGUUCCCCGCUUUCCAGAUCCUGCAGCGAGCGAGACCGCCAGUGGAGAGGAGGACCGAGAUCCAGCAGCUGGUUUUUGGUUUGACGGCGAGCUCGCACUGGCACGUCAGAGACAUGGCUGCGAGGACGCUGGCGGCGUUGCUGGGCCCUGAGGAGAGGGUCGAAUGGGUGCUUGCGUUGAUUGAGAUGCCGUUCCAGAGGCAAAACGCGUUGCAUGGUUUACUAUCGGCUGCGAAGUAUCUUGUCAAGGAUAUGUGUGACGGUGAUAGCAAGGGGCUUCGGGACGAUCUGGACCUGCUGGCAUUUGCGCUGUUUGAACAGUACGAGCGCCUCUACGAGCGGAACAUCUGCCCACUAACCAAAUCCGCUUACCUUGAUAUCGUCACCACGAUACAAAAACACCACAUUGUCAACGGUGACCGAAAAGCCCCUCUGCCCCUCAUCUGCGAAACCUUCGGCGAGGGCGGCGACAUGCUCGACCACAUCGCCUCCGGGGCAUUCCUCCUCUUCGACCGCUUCGCCGCCGACCACAGCCACAAAAAUAGCGGCAAGUCCGCCGGCGAAGCCCUCCUCCGCGGCGCCAUCUCCCUCGCCGCCGCCCAGCACCUCCUGCUCCUCAGCACCCGCGUCACCGGCGAGCAGCAGCCACCCCAGGCCGCCCAUGCCCUCGUCACCGACCUCUUCAAACACAUCGCCGGCCGGGACCCGGACACCUGCCGCUCCACGCUCGAGUCGCUCACGUCGACCCUCUCCGCACCCGUCCUCGCCGCAACUCAUGCGGGUUCGGCCGCGCACGCCUGCAUCGCCGCCCUCCUCUCCGCCGCAGCUACGACGUCUUCCGACGUCGAGGUCGCCGCCGCCGUCCGCCACGCUUUCGCCGAGCUGCUGGACCGCGGCCUCGGCCUCGUUCUCCUGCCGCACGGAGGCACUGGCACCGCCCGUGCUGCUGUCAUGCACCACCUCGCCCCGCUCAUGCUGGGCGGCGAGUCGACCGGCCGCUUGGGCGCGGGCUCGCCCUCGCUGCACGAAGCCGCGUUGCGGCUGCUGGGUCGGUACAUCGACGCCGCCUCGGGCUCGUCCUCGGGCUCGUCCUCGUCCUCGUCCUCGUCACCGACGCCCACCGCGACAGCGACGGAAGCGCAGCGCGCAGGAGACGGAGACAUCGACGUGGCAAACCACCUCGACCCCGACCUGAACUUCCUCCUCCCCCUCUUCACCACCACCCUCCGCUCCGACCUCACCGAACACCAACCCUUCCCCACCCGCCGCGCCGCCAUCGCCGCCUUGGAUUCCCUCCGGGGGUUUUGGCGGCGACCACGACCACGCCAACGCCAGCAAACGGGAGGAGGAGGAGGAGGAGGAGCAGAUGACGAUGACGACGACGAACCGCAACAACAACAACAACGACAGCGUCUCGCCCUCGCCCUCGUCGCCUACGACGCCCUCAACGACGACGACGACGAGAUCCGCGACGCCGCCGCGCGCGUCGCGACGCGGGUCGUCGUGCUCGGAGGGCAGCAGCAGCAGCGGCGGCGGCGCGAUAAUACCGACGCGUCUGCGUCUGCGUCGAAUGGUGAUGAUGGCGAUGAUGAGGAGGACGAUGAUGACGAUGACUGCGCGGACGGCGUCCCGGCCGUGGUGCCGCUCGCGGCUAGUGCGAAGGUGGCGGCGUGGCUGGGGCGGGUGGUGUGUUUGGGGGGGCAGGGGGAGGAGGAAGAGGAGGAAGGGGGGGAGAGGUCGUUUUUGUGCGGGGAGGCGGUGUGGCGGUUGUUGGAGAAGGAGAGUGGGAGUGGGAGCGGGAGGGGGGACGGGCGCGAUGAUUUCUGCGGUGGUGGUGGUGGUGGUUCGGCAGCUGGGAAGGGGGUGGUGGGGCGGAUUGGAGGGGGUGGUGGUGGUGGUGGUGGGUUUGCCGCGAGGUUGGAGGAGGCCCGCACGGAGACGGCGGCGCUGUUUGCGCGGGAGAAGCAGAAUUUGUUUUUGGAUCCGGUGAGGGAGGUGGGUGUUUGGGGGGACGUGCUGGCGGGGUUGGGUUUGGCGGGCGGUGCGGUGGGGGAGGAGGUGGUGAGGGCGUUGGAGGGGUGGUGUGUGGAUGGCUUGAGGGAGUUGAAGGCGUUGGCGGAGAGGGAGAGGGACGGGGCGAUGGGGUGGGCGGGGAGGGGGGAGGUGUUUUUGCUGGGGUGGAGGGUCGUGGGUGCGGUGAGGGUGGUGUUGGGGUGGAAGAGGAGGGGGAGGGGGAAGGGAGAAGCGGGUGGGCGGUUGGAGAGGAAGAAGAGGGUGGGUCGGUACAGGAGUUCGGAGAUUAGGAGGGUGUUGAGGGAGACGGUGGAUGCGUGGGUGGAGGCGGACGUGCACGGGUUGUGGGUGAUGGAGGCGGAGGAGGUGCUGAGUGAAAGUGUGGUGGCAAAGUUGGUGGAUGUGAGGAGUGUUGUGGGAGCGGUUGUGGGGGAAGAGCUUACUGUUAGGUGA